AAAAGGUGACAUCUCAGAAAAAAAAAAGAGUCCACAGAGACAAUUAAAACAUCUUUAGAAAACAAUAUUCCUGUCCGCCUUCCAAACAAUCCUCACGCCAAGCUCUAUUACCAUGCCUUCAGCAGACAAGGUCACUGUGCUCUACGUGCUCGAUGUCAAAGAUGCCAAAGACGACGACAAGCUGGACGUAUCCGGUCGUGUGGCAGUCGGAUCCGUCGUCAAGGGUGGAUUGCAGACAUUGAUUGAGCAUCAAGAGAGACCGGAUGGUAUCGAAGUCAUAUCCGAAGGCGAUGGACACCUCAUCUGGACACAAAUGGGAAUCCCCAACAAAAACGAUGGCCACAUCCAAUGCUCGGAUCUCGACGGGAAAAACAUUCGAGACGUCUACGCUCCAGGAGAAAUCCACACGCCGAAACAGUGCAGCGUGGACGUGAUCAACCACAAAUUCUACGUCUGCGACCGCGAGGGCAUGCGCGUCCAUCGCUCCAAUCUCGACGGCAGCGAAAAAGAAGUCCUAAUUCGUCGCGGAGACUACAACAACCCGGAGCACGUCUCCGACAAAACCCGCCAUUGCGUCGGCAUCUGCGUGGAUCAGAAACGCGGCAAAUUCUACUGGACGCAAAAGGGUACGAGCAAGGGCGGCAAAGGCUUCAUCUAUCGCGCCAACAUUACCAUGCCUCCGGGAAAAAAUGCCGACACGCGAGAUGAUAUUGAGACAUUAUUCCGCAACCUUCCCGAGCCGAUUGAUCUGGAAAUUAAUCCCGAGACGCAGACGCUGUAUUGGACGGAUCGAGGCGCGGAACCCAAGGGGAAUACGUUGAACAAGGCGGAUAUUUCGGGUGAUUUCUCGUCUUCGACGGAAAAUCGGGAUUAUCAGGUGUUGGGAGAGCAUUUGCAUGAGGCGAUUGGUCUCAAGGUUGAUGAGGUGAAUAAACAUAUCUAUGUUUCGGAUCUGGGAGGGAGUAUAUACCGAUAUGGGUUGGAAGGCGGGAAACCGGAGAAUUUGUUUGAGGGAGAGGGUGUCUAUACGGGUCUUGCAUUGGCUCGGUUGGAGAAGAGUCGGGCAAAGGCAAUGUUUGGAUUCGAUGCGUGAGAUGGAUGGAUGGAAUAGUAGCAAGCAGUAAGAAAAUGAAAAACUUACAGGAA